AUGGGCCACGACACGGCGGCGCUCUUCUCAAACAGUGAUGACCUGGCGGCUGACCUGGACGCCGCGGGCAGAGGGACGGGUGAGAAGCUGUGGCGGUUGCCCCUGAACCAGGGCCUGAGGAGCAAACUGGACUCACCCGUGGCAGACCUCAAAAACUACGCAGGACGCCUUGGCGGCGCGAUCACGGCGGCGCUGUUUCUGAACGAGUUUGUGGCAGAGGGCACCGAUUGGGCGCACCUCGACAUCGCCGGCCCCGCCUGGGACGAGGCCGCCGGCCUGCCGACGGGCUUUGGGGCGGCGGCGCUGGCGGAGUGGCUGCUGGCGCGCCGGUGGGCGGGGGGCGGGGGCGGCGAGUGA